UAUUAAUAAUAAUAAUAAUAAUAACGAUAAUAGGAGAAGGGCAGGAUCGCGAACAGUGCGAAUAGAACACGCGAUGACGUUACGACGAUGACCUUGUGCGAGUCUUCCGAGGAGAAGGCGUCUCCAACAAAGUUAAUAGCUUACCGAAAGGCGAUCGACAACUUGGACAACGACCGGAAAUGGCAGACCGACACGGCCGUAGGAAAGAGGAUCGGCCUGUACAAGCUAAGCGGAGAGUUGGGCAAAGGGAAUUUUUCGCAAGUGAAAACUGGAUACCACGAGUUGACCAAAGGUACCUAGGGCCGCGACCUUGACUGAUUAAACGGAUCAAAUGAAACACUUUGACGAUAUUUAUAAAUGACACUAGAAUCGAUAUUUUCAAAAAUACAUCUUAAGUAUAUUGAUA